AUGGAGACGGCAAGUUCCUCUGGCUCUUGGUUCUCCAGCUGCCUCGUCACACUCGUCUUCCUCCAGCUGCCCAUACAGCUGUCAGGUAGGAGUGGGGACUCCGACAAGUUCCCCCUGGCCCCGCUAGGGGGCACAGCCAGGCUGCCCUGUCCCCUCACUCUGUGGUCGAUCGAGGACAUCACCGAGGUGCGCUGGCUGCGGACCCCGACUCCCGGGCGCGCCCAGGUUGUUCACGUGUUCCGGGAACGGCAAGACCGCCAGGAAGAUGUGGUGCCGGAAUACAAGGGGAGGACGGCGCUGGUGGGAGAGGGCCAGCAGGAAAACCUCGUAUUGGAGAUCCGCGACGUCCGGCUGGAGGACCGAGGGCCGUACCGAUGCCGGAUCCAGAUUGGAAACUUGAGUCGAGAGGGCACCGUGGAUCUGCAGGUGGCAACCCCAUCUCCAGGGAGGAUCUCCUCCUCAGAAGUGGCUCUUGCUGUGACCCUGCCUGUCCUGGGGCUUCUCGCUGUGGUGGGCAUUUUCUUCAUUUGGAAGCAAAGAAGAUCAAAAGAGAAGCUUCUCUAUGAACAGGCAAUGGAGGUAGAAAAUCUUCUCUCAGACCAUGCCAAAGAAAAAGGAAGGCUCCAUAAAGCCCUCAAGAAACUCCGGAGUGAACUGAAGUUGAAAAGAGCUGCAGCCAACUCAGGCUGGAGAAGGGCCCGGCUGCACUUCGUGGCGGUGACCCUGGACCCUGACACGGCGCACCCCAAACUCAUCCUGUCUGAGGACCACAGAUGUGUGAAGCUCGGAGACAAAAGGCAGCCUGUGCUUGAUAACCCCCAGAGGUUUGAUUUCGUCGUCAGUGUCCUGGGCUCCGAGUACUUUGCAGCUGGUUGUCACUACUGGGAGGUGUACGUGGGAGACAAGACCAAAUGGAUCCUGGGGGUGUGCAGUGAGUCGGUGAGCAGGAAGGGGAAGGUCACGGCCUCGCCCGCCAACGGACACUGGCUUAUGCGGCAGAGUCGUGGGAACCAGUACGAAGCUCUCACGUCUCCUCAGACCUCCUUCCGCCUGAAAGAGCCGCCACGCUGCGUGGGGAUUUUCCUGGACUACGAAGCAGGGAUUAUCUCCUUCUACAACGUGACCGACAAAUCCCACAUUUUUACUUUCACCCACACGUUCUCUGGCCCCCUUCGCCCUUUCUUUGAACCUUGCCUUCACGAUGAAGGGAGAAACACGGCUCCUCUAGUCGUCUGUUCAGAACUCCAUAAAUCAGAGGAAUCAAUUGUCCCCAAGCCAGAUGGAAAAGGCCAUGCUAAUGGAGAUGUGGCCCUGAGGGUGGACUCUUCCCUACUGCCCCCUCAGGCACCAGAGCUUUCCCCACACAGGGACGUGACCCUGCCUUGGCCCCCUGACCUCGGCUCCGCCCUCCAGGGGUUCAAGGCUCCUUAUUUUUAA